AUGGCCACGCUCUACACCAUUCGAUCCUCUCCAGGUGAAGGGCUUGGCUCCUUUGCAAAGGAGAACAUCGCCGCCGGUACCCUCAUACUCCGAGAGGCACCUCUAUUCAAUGUCCACGAGCCUCGCAACAAUGCUUCCGUCACCAGCAAAUUCUCACUCCUCACUCCGACUCAACGCCAAACUUACCUCUCGCUCCAUGCCCAGGAUCCUUCUGCAUGCGGCGACGCCCUCGUGAUUGACAUUUUCAACUCCAACGCCUGGCAAACCGGAUCCCGCACGUCCAUCUGUCCCUUGGCAGCACGGUUCAACCAUUCCUGUGUUCCCAAUGCCAAGUUUGCUUGGAAUCCACGAUCUAGUCAGAUUACCGUGCAUGCCGUUGUCGCUAUACCAGCGGACACACAGAUUUUCCUAAGCUACGAAAGACCCUACCAAAUGAAGGAGGGGCGACAGGAAAAACUUUCCUCGGCCUAUGGCUUCACGUGUGCUUGCUCAGCAUGUGAUGCUACUAAUGUGGCGAGUGACGUUAGACGAGCACGGUUGGCGACCUUGGACUCGAGGAUUCGAUCUGAAAAGCGGCAAUUGUGGAAGGCUCAUUGGCCGCGCCACGCCCUAGAGAUGAUAAGCCUACUCAAGAAAGAAGGCAUUUUGGGAGAGGCCUUGGGCUUAGCCUAUCACGAUGCUGCCUUGGGUUGGAAACGUUAUGGGCGUCUAGACUUGGCCAGGAACUGUGCAGCGAUGGAACUAGAGGUCGUGAUUAAUUGCUUUGGACCUGAUUCGCCUUGUGUAGAUGCCACACAACUAUUCUUGCAAGAAUUGAAGCAAGAUGGUCUAGCAACCCUAGAAUAG